UGACUUGUGUUACAAGCACAUACAAGACGUGGAAGUAGAAAGGCGUGCAGAAGGUAUCGACUGCGUACAUGCGAACUUAACUUAACAGUGCUUUCUUACAAGGAAUAUUUACAAUUUGUGUAAAUUACAUAAAGAGCACAGAUACCAUGGGCGAUCCUGAGAGAUUCGAUGGAAUGCUGCUAGCUAUGGCCCAGCAAUGUGAAGGUGGAGUCAAAGAGAUUCUGGAUUGCCUAUUCAGCUUUCUAUCAAGAAAGACAGAUUUUUAUACUGGUGGAAAGGAAGGUCUAGCUGAGGAGAUUGUUAUGGAUGUAUUCAAAAAAUACCAAAAAGAUGCAGAAGAGGAGAAACGAAAGUUGAGAGAGGAACGAGAACAGGAGGAAAUCCGUAGGAAAGAACGUCUCGCCAAGAAAAAAGCAGAGGCAGAGAAAAAAGCACAAGAAAAUAAAUCUAAAGAAGAGGAACCUAAAAUUAAGGAGCUUACAGAUGAGGAGGCACAACAACUUCAGAAUGAAUUGGAUACGGAAAAAUCCGAGAACACAGCAACACCGGAAGAAGAAACGCCGAAGGCAGAAAAUGGAGACAAGUCAGAUGAAGAGGAAGAUGAAAAAGACAAGGGAAAAUUGAAACCAAAUUCAGGAAACGGAGCAGACAUGCCCAACUACAAGUGGACACAGACACUGGAAGAAGUUGAGCUGAGAGUGCCAUUUAAUGUUUCAUUCCCUCUGAAAGGAAAAGAUUUGGUGGUACAGAUUGACAAACGGCACAUCAAAGUUGGACUUAAAGGACAUCCUCCUGUGCUUGAGGGUGAUACAUACAACGAUAUCAAGGUAGAGGAGUCAACGUGGUGUAUUGAGGACAGGAAGGAGCUUAUAGUUAACAUAGAAAAAAUAAAUAAAAUGGAAUGGUGGAGUCGAAUAGUCAUGACAGAUCCUGAAAUCAACACUAAGAAAGUUUCACCAGAAAACUCAAAGUUGUCUGAUCUCGACGGAGACACACGAUCACUGGUUGAGAAGAUGAUGUAUGACCAGCGACAGAAGGAGAUGGGGCUACCAACCUCAGAGGAACAAAAGAAGGCAGAUAUCAUGAAAAAAUUUAUGUCACAACAUCCAGAAAUGGACUUUUCCAAGUGUAAAUUCAACUGAUCAUUUCAACAAGAGAGACAUUUUUUUAUGGAAAAUGCAUAAAUGUUACUAAAAUUUGACUGGACACUCGGCAUCAGUUGUUACUGUGGACUUCGGACCAUUACUGCCCAUCACGGUGGAUAUCUUCAACUAGAGAUUAAUACUACAUCUGUUGAUUUGCGUUUUAUGAAUGACUUUGAUACAACACUACAUGUACAUCUAGGAGAUGCCAAGCAUUUCAGCAAAUUAAUAUUACAGAUAAAUCCUUUGAGGAGAAAUCCAAUAAAGAGAUAAUUUACAUUGAGAAAACAACUGUUUACCAAGCCACUGAAGAUGUUCCUUAUAAAGAAAUAAUUCAUAUUUCAUUUACUGUUUAUGUGUUUUAUGAUUACAAUCAUACCAGAUUUAUUACAUACAUUGAUCAUUAGUGGAUUGGUAAAGCACACCAAGCAUUCACAUUUUUAUUUUGUAUUUGAUGACAAAUAUGAUGGAGACAUGGAACAAGAAUUGGAAUAAAUGAAAAAUAAACAUGA